AUGGGUGCUGUGGUUUCUUGUAUCACUAGUAUCUUCCACGCCAUCGGCGCUUGCCUGAUGGGCAUCGUCAACACAAUCGGUGCUGUCUGCAAGGCUAUCAUCGACGGUGUCGUUACCCUCUUCGACGUGAUCAUCUCGUGCCUGACCUGCGGAUCCUGCGGUGGAAGGAGGAGAAGA